AUGACACCUCUUACUCCUACGAUCGCGGAAAUACGCACAUCCACCGAAGUCCUUAGCCCUCCUGACGCCUCAGCUACUGUUGUCAAAGUUGGGGAAAAAUUCGCAGUCAAGUUCGGCCAUACGGUCUCCCUCGACGAAGCUGAAGCACUCCAGUUCCUGUCAUCGAACAGCAAUGUUCCUGUACCAGAAGUCUAUGCGACAUUGGUGGAGCCAGCGACCGGGAUCAACUUCAUCGUUAUGGAGUACAUCAACGCCAAGAGCCUCGCAGAUCUCUGGCCGUCCCUCGAAGCGCCCGAUAAGCUGGAAAUUACCAACCAACUUCGUGCAGCUUUACAGGGCUUGCGCAGCCUUGAGCCACCGUCCUAUAUGGGCUCUCUCAACCGGCGGCCCCUCACGGAUGGAGUCUUCUGGACCCCGGAACAGAACCCAGCCAUGUCGGGCCCUUUCGACACAGAGGAGGAACUCAAUGAAGGUAUACUCAAGCGGCUAGCGGAAACUGAGCCUCAGGCACACCUCAAACUCUUAAGGACACUCAUGAGUGCGACACUGUUCAAUCAUCAAGUCAAAUUCACCCACGGGGAUCUGCAGCCCAAAAAUAUUCUUGUCAAGAAGACUGGAUCUGAUGAGUCGCCGAGAUAUGAGGUCGUAAUCAUAGACUGGGAGAUCUCAGGAUGGUAUCCAGAGUACUGGGAAUUUUGUAACGCUACGAUCGCUGGUCGUUUUCGACCGGAAUGGCUAGAUAUGGCGCAGGAUAUCAUGAAGGUCUAUGUAUCAGAGUACCUGAUGCUUCAGGCGAUCCGUAGCCUUUUGUUCUAUUAG